GUGACGUGAUAUUUGAGUCGCGAAGGGUAAACAUUUCAAGCAGUUUUUGCGGAGGCCAGUGUAAAUUGCUCAGGCCGUUAAUUUUUGCGGUAUUUCCGGUUCUUACGCUAAUUGAGCCUUCAUUAGAAACUGGUUUAAAUCGCAGGUAGCUGCUGCUGAAUCUUCCUUUUAGAAAUCAAGGUUUUGUUCCAUCAGAAGGUUCACAGACUGGAAGUUCUAACCUCACUGGAGAUUGAACACCGGACAGGACAGGUAUCUCUUCUGUUUAGAGGGAACUGCUCAGGGUCACUUGAGGUGUUAGACAUGUAGUUUAGCUGGACGAUCACGAGCAAGCUCAAGAUACUCAAGCUCUCCGGCAACAUGAUCUCUGGCUCGUCCUUCUCGGGGGUACAUCGAGCUGCUAGGCCUUUGGCACGAUGGGAUCUUUUGCGACUGCGUGGCUCUCCAGGAGCUCUUCAACAGUCUCACAUCCUCGUCCAGCAGCAAACUCCAGAAUGUCAUGCUCGGCCCUACAUCUCUCAGCCAUCCAAGUGGGUGUGCGGGCUUGGAAGUGCUCGAACAACGUUUCAGAGGAGCUCGUGUGGGCUGUAUCUUGUCUCUCAGCUUGGGCAGACUCUUUGAGUUUGCUCGGAUCUCUCGGAGAACCGGUUGGAGGUUCUGAAGGACUAAGUGGUGGAAACCCUGCUACGGUCGGAUAGCAACAAAGAGCUCACGGAGAACAGCUUGAAGGACAGCUCCAGGCGAGCUCGUGUGGAGGAUCCUUGGAUACCGCUCUCGUCCCAGUACCGUGAGACUCCACCAGAAAGAUGGUGAGGAAGGUGGCGACAAGCCAAUUGGCUGGAGCCGUGACUUCCUUCUUUGUCUCGAGUAUUUGGUCGCGUGUCCCGUCCACAUGGUUGGUAAUCACCAUCACCAACUAAGAGGAAUUUUUUGCAUUGAGGCUUUGGAGUUCGGUAGGCGGCGAAGAAAAACUUUCCAGGAUCGGAGGAUGAAAAGUUACAGCCCGAGCUUGCUGUUCUUCGUGCUCCUCUUCUCCGCUGCGGCACUGCUACUCGUAUGGAUUCUCGACGUAAAUUCCGACUCCGCGAUGAUGUCCCGGAGCCGAACUCUGGGAUCAAACUUCCGCAUCAGCAACAACACCACAAGCUACAACGGCAGCGACACUUGCAGGAGUAGGAACGAGUACGACGUCUACAGCCGCCGAAGAUCGACGAGCUUCGAGCCAUCCGAGUCGCUCCACCGGAAAAUCCUAGAGUACGAGGCUUUGCACGGGAGGUGCGCUCCGGGGCCCGAGCAGUGCGCGAACUGUAGUACAUGCGGCUACCUCGUCUACGUUCCCGCCAGCCAGGGGAUCGGAAACAAGAUGGUGGCUAUAGUAGCAGCGUUUCUCUACGCGCUGCUCACCGACAGGACGAUGCUGAUCGCGAGGUUGGAGAAUCUGGACACGCUCUUCUGCGAGCCGUUUCCAUCCAGCUCCUGGCUGCUGCCGUCGAGCUGGAAGCACCUCGAGUUGGCGCCGUGGGACGCCUCCAAGUGGAUUGGGAGCCUGGCUGGUUCGCCCAACUGCAGCCGCGGCGUCGACGUGAGCUUCCCCGAGGUGGUGGUGGCCUAUCUCGAUUACAACUACAGGGACCAGGACAAGGCCUUCUUCUGCCAAGAUCAACAGCAAGCUCUCAACUCCAGCGCGCGGUGGAUCGUCCUCUCCUCCGGCCAGUACUUCACUCCGGCGCUCUACAACGUCCCGGCUUUCAGGAGCAAGCUCGAGGAAUGGUUCCCACAGCAGGAGGCCAUCUUCCAUCUCCUGGUGAGGUACCUGUUGCUUCCCAGUGACUUCGUGUGGGACAAGGCAGCCAGGUACUACGACGCGUACCUGAACCAGGCCGAGCUUCUAGUCGGGGUCCAGCUGCGAAACCACAUCUGGUUCUCGCCACCCAACCUCGCCGAGGAUACGUUCGACUGCCUGGUGCAACAAGGCGCGCUCGCAAACACCACCCAGGAGCGAGCUCCCAGAUCGCCGGUGAGGAAGAACAGCAAGAAGGUGGCGGUGCUGGUGGUGUCGCUCAACUCGCAGUACUCGGAGACGCUCAAGAGCAAGGUGCUGGGAUACGAUCUAGCGGACGGCUCCUCGGUGUCCAUCCACCAGCCGAGCGUGGAGGGGGUGCAAAACACAGGGAACUUGGAUCACGACGCACAGGCGGUGAUGGAGAUCUACUUGCUGUCGAUGAGCGAUGUCCUGGUGACGAGCCCGCCAUCCACGUUUGGCUACUCGGCGGCGGGGCUGGCGGGGAUGAGGCCCGUGCAGUUCGUGUGCGACCAGAACAAGAGCGUGGUUUGCUCGGUGAGGGAGACGAUGGAGCCGUGCUACCACGUUUAUCCGGCUCAGUUCGCGCUGGACAACAUUGAAAAGUGCGAAUGCGGCGUGGGUUUCAGACUAGUCUAAAGGACGUUCUUAGAAAGGAUGUUGUCUUAGAAAGUUGUUAAAGCUUUAAGAUUUUAUUUUCUUUCUCGUGA